AUGGAUUUUGUUUCAACAGCUGCAUCAGUCAUUCAGCUGGCUGGUGCUGGUCUGAGUCUUGCGAAGACUAUUUUCGAGAUUUACCAAGAGGGUGCCGAGGGAAAUAAGCAGCUGAAAGAACUUUCCAUGUUCAUCAAUACAACUUCCACUAUAUUGGAGGAGAUUGGAAAUGCCUUUCAAAACGAGUCCAAAUUAUCAAAGCCCAUCAUUUCGGAGAAUGCAAUUUUAACGGCAGUCAAUAUCAUAAAAGAAUGUUCAGACAGUUUUGAUGCCAUACGAGAAGUCGUCAAUAAAGCGCAAACGAGUACUGCUGGUCUCUUGCGACUUCAAUUGAAAAAGUCUCAGUUAGCCUCUCUGCAGAGUAGGCUGAGCAAUCUGAAGGAGGAUCUCGCUCUCAUGUUGCAAGUUCUCACCCUGGCGCAUAUCAAAUCUCAGAAUUCUCAGACCGAUGAAGAGACUUGCCAGCGUGUGCUGGUAGUGGAAAACAACAUUAAGAAAAGCUAUAUCUCUCAGCAAAACGCUCAUGAUAGGGAACCUACUAGAGAAGUCACAGCUUACUACGAUGAAGAGGGUCAGUCGAUAAAAGGCCCAAACACACCAGAUUUCAGCCCUCACUGGCAAGUGAACAUGCCACCCAAAUGUCAAGUGUCGACAAAUGGAAACCAAGCUCCAGAGGCAGCAAUAGACCAGAGCAGCAGCCCAAGAUUCACCGAGGAAAUUGUUGUCUCGAAUCCCAAAGCCACCAAAAUUUCCUAUUGGUCCGCAUUAUCGAUUACAAGAGUUGAGGGAGAGGUACAGCUUGAUCGUACAACGCACAUCGAGCGAGAGGACAGUCGUAUUCAUGCGACACUUCCAGCCCCUAGAGUGUAUGGCAGAGAGAUAACGCCAGCUUGGCGCGACUCAUUGGAAGAUGAUAUACCUCGCUACUAUGGAGUUCUUCAGACUGGGAACUUUGAUCAUGACACUUUGAGUGCGAACAAUGUUGUCGAUAGGCUACUGCGCGAGUGGACCACACUAUAUAGCGAACUAUAA